CGGGCGGCCCGUGCCUGGCAGCAGCUGCGCCGGCGAGAGCCGGGGCGAUGUCGGAGCCGGUGCGGAGCACGCCGGGGUCCCUGCCCCUCAGCCGCCUCGCCGAGCCGCUGCUCCGGAGACUCAGCGAGCUGCUGGACCGGGCAGCGCCCGGCAAGGGCUGGCGGGACCUGGCGCAGCGAGCGGUGAGCCGCGGCAGGCUGCGGCUGAGCCCUCUGGAUUUGGAACAGUGUUCCCUCAAAGUGUUGGAGCCAGAAGGAAGUCCCAGCUGGAGUCUCCUGAAGUUGCUGGGAGAUCGAGGCUGCACUGUGGUGGAGCUUGUGGAGUUCCUACAAGCCCUGGAGCAUACAGAGGCUCUCCAGUGUCUCAGCUAUUCAGGUAUAAAGAUUGUUGUACAGCCAGAUUCUCAAGCCGUGCUCUCUGGUCAGGUUGUCAAGCUGUGUUGUUGGGCAACAGGACACCCAUUUGUGCAUUACCAGUGGUUCAAGCAGGAAAAAGAGCUUCCCCAUGGUAAUUCUCCAGAGCUGGUUUUGAAUCCAGUGAGUGUAAAUGACUCUGGCUUUUACAUCUGUCGAGUGAACAGCGACUCUUCCUUUGUGUUCAGUCGGUGGGCACAGCUUGAGGUUUGUGAUCUCCAGAGUACAUCUCAUGGGAGCCCAAUUAAUUUGUCUGAAAACAAGUUGCACAUUUGUAUUCAGCCUCAGCCAAAAAACUUGACCGUGGGGGACGCUUUGGUACUAGAAUGUGGAGCUGUUGGAAACCCAAUUCCUAAUUACCAGUGGUUCAGAAAUGGACUGCCCUUGGCAAAUGGGAGCAAAAAUGUCUACAUGGUAGCUUAUGUGGAUGUGGAACAUCAAGGGACAUAUUGGUGUCAUGUGUUCAAUGAUCAGGAAAGUCAAGACAGCAAGAAGAUAGAAGUUGUUAUAGGAAGGAAAGCUAUGGCAGUGGAGUGCACAGAAGAAGAACUAAGAGAUCUUCAAAACCCAGCAGAUCUACAAGAACAGUCAAGCCACAGACCUGUUGCCACAGACAAGGUAGCUCUGCUGAUAGGAAAUAUGAGCUACUGGAAUCACCCCCAACUCAAGGCUCCCAUGGUAGAUGUCUAUGAAUUGACCAAUUUGCUAAGACAGCUGGAUUUCAAAGUUGUUUCUUUGCUGGAUCUCACUGAGUCCGAGAUGCGAAAUGCAGUGGAUGAAUUUUUGCUUCUCCUGGACAAAGGUGUCUAUGGCUUGUUAUACUAUGCUGGCCAUGGCUACGAAAACUAUGGAAACAGCUUCAUGGUUCCUAUUGAUGCUCCAAAUCCCUACCGGUCUGCAAACUGUCUGUGUGUGCAGAACAUCCUCAAACUAAUGCAGGAAAAAGAGACAGGACUUAACGUAUUCCUACUGGAUAUGUGUCGGAAAAGAAAUGAAUACGAUGACACAAUUCUUAUCUUAGAUGCUCUGAAGGUUACGGCCAACAUUGUUUUUGGAUAUGCAACGUGCCAAGGAGCAGAAGCCUUUGAAAUUCAGCAGUUGGGGUUGGCCAAUGGAAUCUUCAUUAAGUUCUUGAAGGACCGUUUGUUAGAAGACAAGAAGAUUACUGUACUGCUGGAUGAGGUUGCAGAAGAUAUGGGCAAGUGUCACCUUACCAAAGGCAAGCAAGCUUUGGAGAUCCGCAGCAGUUUGUCUGAGAAAAGGGCAUUAACUGAUCCCAUUCAACAAACUCUGUCUUCUGCAGAGUCUCUGGCACGGAACCUACAGUGGGCCAAAGCUCAUGAACUUCCAGAAAGUAUGUAUCUUGAAUUCAGAUGUGGUGUCCAGAUUCAGCUGGGGUUUGCAGCCGAGUUUUCCAACGUGAUGAUCAUCUACAUGCGGGUAGUGAAGCAGCCACCCGAGAUAGUGGUUUGCAGAGCCUAUGUUACAGACUUCCCACUCGACCUGGAUGUGGAUCCUAAAGAGGCCAAUAAAGGAACUCCUGAGGAAACUGGAAGCUACUUAGUAUCAAAGGACCUUCCCAAACACUGCCUCUACACCAGGCUAACUUCACUGCAAAAACUAAGGGAACACUUGAUCUUCACUGUUUGCUUGCACUAUGAGUAUCCAGGAAUAGAAGAUACAAUGGAUGAAAGAAAGGAAGUUAACGUUGGGAAACCCCUUAUUGCUAAAUUAGGCCUUCAUCAUGGAUUCAAAACCAGUAACUGUCUCCAGACCAGUUUCAUGGCUAAUAAUCCUUUUCAGAAUCAAAUAGCAUCGAGUCCAGUGGUAACUAAAUACUAUGUCCCUAGUCAUUGCCAACCAAAUUCCUGUCCAGGCCUUUACCAUCGAAACCAUGCCUGUUCAGACAGCACCAGACAAACAGAGACAGGUUCUUGCAAUGGGGCUUCGAGGGUGCUGGCUUCAGAACAUGAACUACAGAAUUACUCAGCCCCUGUGGAAGAGAGCAACGUACCAGUAGAGACGACUGAUGAUACUGUUGAGCUGGAAUUCCUUCUCUCUGAGAGCCUCAGAGUCUCUUCACAGCAGUAGCCAUGGUGUGCUCAGAACAGAAGGGAGUACCAGCUUUGGGCAGGGACCUUCCACACUGCUCACCCAUCACCUGCAGUUUGGGGGCUUCAGGACAAAGGGACUGGGGAGUCUAGAGCUGCUACGGUUAUGAGCAGAGUUUUUCACAUCCAGAGAGACAAAACUGGAGUGACAGAUUUAGGAAUGAAAAAGACAUGAUUGUUUGGGGUUUUUUUUACUCUAUUUGAUGUUUGAUACAGGGAAAAACCUGAAUGGGUCAGAGUUCUCUAUUCCAUUCUCUGGCAGCUAACAAACAGGCAGACAUGCAUUUCUGGGAUAAGCUGCCUACCUCUGGUAGGGGAUGAAUGCAAAAAAGCCUGGCACUGGUGUCAGAGUUUCUCUUGUCAUAGUAAAGCCUUGAAUCUUCCCAGCUGCUUCUCCAGGACCUGCUGGAGUUAUAAGAUUUACUGUAAAUGUAUGUUCUAGAUACAUUCUGUUUUCAGAGAGGUUUUUGUGGUCAGAUGUCCAAUGCCAGGCAGCAGCUGACAGGUGAAUGAAGAGCUGUGUAAGGACAAACAAGACCUGAACUAAGCUAGUGAACUAACAUCAUCAGGUUUUUUAUCAUCUUCUUUAAAAAAAAAAACAAAAAAACAAAAAAAACUGAAUUCCAAGUUGUCAGAGGGAGUAAAGCCACAGAUUCAUACUGUGGUGGAUUGUUAAGGUAACUCUUCUCUGUAACACACUUGGGAUUUUUGUUGAUCUGACUUCUGGAAAGGUGAUCUUAAUGUUCUGGAAGAACACUACAUGGAAUGUGAGGGAAAAGAGCCUGUUUGUAGCAAUAAGAAUAUUGUAUAGUUAGUAAAAACUUUGGGGUUCUUCAGGCUGAAGCACAGCAAUGGUGUUCCUGGACACCAGCCAUUGCUUUUCUGUGAUCAUUUAAGAAAACAAAAAAAAAACUAAAACAGACCUACUCAGUUGUUUUCCAAACCAAAUUGACAUAUACUCACUGAAGUAAAAAAGCUAAAAGUCUACCCUAACACUGGAAAUCUUAAGAUAAAGGUUCCAGCACACACAAGCUUAGAAAGGAUAAAGUGACAUCAAGUGAGACACUUGCUUCAUGUCACAACCUGACACUUGGUGUGUAGCCCCAUGUGUAUGUGUUUGCUUGGGCCUCAGAGAUGAAGUUCCAUCUCCCCAGGGCCUUCAGCCUCUGAACCCCAGGAUCUUGCUGGUGGAGGCACAGGCACCCCAUCUGUAGUGGUGCCUAACCCUACCUGAUCUUUCUCCACUGCCUCACAAAGGUACCAAAUGAGUGUCAGUAAUAUUUGGGUAGUUUCCUUGAGAAAUGUGGAUAGAGAAAGAAGCCAAUUAUUAAGCCUUAAAGGUUGUCCAGAGAAGGGCAGGAGAAGUCAGUGACUGGUUCUGCUUGUCUGCUGGCAGGCUCCUUCAUGGCUUCUGCAGCAGCAGCCCUGGUGUGAGAGCCUAUCUCUCCUGGCAUGAUGUGAAGGAGCUGCAGAGUUCCCCCAGCCAAACAGCUCCAACAUCUCACAAUUCCUCCUCAGAUUCAGCCCUCAGGCUCUGCCAGCCCACAUAGGAACUGAGCAACCUUUGAGGAUUCAUACUUAGGUAUGCUUCAUCUGUAAAUGUAUUCAAACAUGGUGAGGAGAACAUCACAGAACUGGAGAGGGACCUAUGCCAAGUGCCUGGCAGCUCUGCCUGUGGCAGCAGGUUCUGGGGAGGAAAACUCAUUCUGAGCUCUACUUAAAAACAGAACUGUGAAAAGGGUUUUCUUACUGUAUCCCUGCCUUUAGGAACUGCUUUAACUGUUUUAAUUGUUGGUGUUGUGAAAUAUUCUGGUUCUUAAGCACAAGCUGCAAGAGGCACCCGUUUCCUUUGGCCCAUAUCCAGUAAAGCAUUUUAAAAGUUCAACAUGCAUAAAUUAAGACAACAUUUAAAUCCCAGUGAAAUCAGUGGGAUUAAAACACAUGACUAAACCUAGGCAUUUGUUAAAGCUCUCUUUGGUUUGUGGUGGAUGCCCUUUCUGGACUGAAGCCUUGGGCUUUUGUUUUCCUGAAGUGCAAUUGUUUGGGUACAGAAUUUAUUUUUUGCUUGAAAUACCUGCUAGGCUAAGUUACUUACAUGUUACUCGGUUUGGGAUGUUGACUAGGUUUGGAAGAAGUGCAUUAAGGUGAUGCAAAUAAGCUCAGGCUCAGAAUUUGCCUUCUAUAUCUACACAAAGCUCUGCAAGCUACCUUUUCCCUAACACAACUUAUCUUUAGCAUCCCUUAUCUAUCUGUGGCUGCAGAAAGCCAUCUGCACUACCUAGCUCUUCACUAAGAGAUUUCAGGGCUGGUUUUGCUAUUUCUAGUUGUUGCUUUUGUUCAUGCAUCAACUAUUUUUCCUCAUUCUCUGUCAGCCAAUUAGUAGCUUUGGCAGCUCUCAUGUGCAUUAAGCUUCAGGGCCCUGUUUCCCUUGACAAAUGCUCCUGACUAACUACAAUGCAUCUCAGGUUUACUCCUGCCUUGCACAGAGUUUUAAUGCAAACAGUAAGAUCUGCUCACUAAAGUGUGGCAUUUUGAGGUCCAAGUUGUUUGCUAUGAGCUGGAAAUAGGUUUAGGGUAUGAGAGAAGGGGUUGGGAAUUUUGGUUGGGGUUUUUUGUUGGGUUUACCCUUUGAUUACUCAUUACCCUUUUAGUAAUGGCAGUAGGAAUUAAGUAAGAACACCUCCAUGUUGUGGAAAUGAAGCAGUUACUUAUUUUCUAAGGUUACCAGUGUUCCAGUUUAGUCAUACCAGGCUUAUUUUAAGAGCUAUCAGGAAAAAAUUCUGUCUCCCAUCCUUUUUUAUGGGCGUGCACAGUGAGCAUGAGCCCAGGAUGCACGUGGGUGGUGUUAGCACAGCAACCAGCCCUGGCACCUGCAUCUGCACUGGAUGUAGGAGGAAGGGACAGGACUUCCCCAGCCCUUCUUCAGGCAGAAACAUUGCAGGCAUUUGCCAGCACCCUGCUUUCAUUUUUCCAAGUCUAUUGCAUUCAGCAUGAAAAGACUUCAGCCUGUUGUGCAAGUGGCUUCACUACACACAAGGUCCAACUAUUCCCAGGUGUUUCCUGGGCUCUCUUCUGGCUUAGCAUGGUCUCCAGGGUUUAUUUCACCUCUCUAAAGGUGAGGCAGCUUUACUUCUGACAUCUGUAAGAGGAUGUAUGUUGGGCAUGCCAGGUAAGACAGCACAAGUUCUCCUGUGGAGGAAGGCACCUCUUUCCUCUUGAUUACCAUCAGGCAGCCUGGAGACCUACCAGUUUCUGCAGGCCCGAGACAGCUCGGAUCAAGCCACAGAUUAAUUCUACCCUUAAUGUGAUGGUUUUCAGUACUAUAUGUAUCUAAAGUGGUCCCAGAAUUAUUCUCUCUUCACAUCAUGUCUUCUUCAUGUCUGUCAGCUCUUCUCCUUUCUUUUCCCUUCUGUUGACUGCCAGUGCUGCCCACAAUACCAGCCUCACAGGACCAAUUGGGCAUCAGUCUGGAAGUUUUUAAGAACUGCUUUGAGACUGUCAGAAUGUACCAGAUGUGAUACUUCUCUUGGCUGUAAGAAGCACUGCAAUCUUUCAAACAAGUACAGAGUUAACUGUAAGAUCCUGAUUAGCUGAUUCUCAAAGUUUUAUAGGCUUUGCUUUAGGCCUGUCUUAGGGAUAUCGGGAGCAAACCACCCACUAGCUGCAUGCAAUGGAUGUGGUUUGGCUUCUCUGUAUUGAGAGGUGGGGUCAGAUGAGACAGCUGUGAGCCCAGCAGAACUAUGCUAUAAACAUCAGUGAAACCCACAUUAAACUGGAUGAAAGAAAAGAGAAAGAAAACUGUUUCUGUAGCCCUUCAGGGAACAAUGGCAACACCCAGAUGGCACCCAGAUGAUGAACCCAGCCCGGUGCCAGCUGCCACCACCCGACCUCUCCUGGGGAAGCUGAGCUCUGGGGGUCACUGCCAGCACCCUCUGCCCCUCCUGGCCUUUGCCUGGGGCAGCCUGCAGAGCCCUGCAGAAACAGGAACUGAAUGCUUCCCCACUGUAACUGCUGCCAUGCAAGGAAGGGCACAGAAAUGGCAAGUGCUAGACUAGAACUUGCCUGCUUGCUGGGAUCUACUUUUUCUCAAACAGUAGGGAAAAAAUGCCAGCAGAACUGCAUAAUUAAAUACUUGUUCAAGUGCACAGAGCUAAUUAGGUCAGGAAUGCUUUUACCUGAUGAGCCAAAAUGAUAAAUCUCCUGGUACCACCUAAAUCCAUAAAUUCUAAGGAUGCUUACUCUUAGAUUCUGCAUACUGUGUUUUUUUUUAAAUAUAGUAAGUUAAACAUGCACAUACCUAUGAUUUUUAUUGUUUUAAAUGGGCCUUAACACAGUGCAAUAUUUUCUCUUCAUGGAAGCAUGGAAGAUGUAAUACAAGGUGUAGAGCAUUAGAAGGGUAUUGCAAACAACCACUGAACUCUCAUCCUCUUUUCCAUUGUGGAUAGUUUUUAAUUCAAAUCCUUUUACAGAAUCCACAUCUGUUCACCCAAGUUUGUCACUGCUGCCUGAGCAUUCCUGGAUUUGGCAAGCACCUUUGGAAAAGCCCCAGGACACCUUUAGGUGAUCUGCUUAUCCUCUGAGUUUCCAAGUUCUUUUUGACAGUACUUCUCCAUCCGUAACUCUGGGAGUCCAGCACACUGGAACACAUCCAGACUCCCCCUGGAGAGUCUGUAUGGCAUCCUCUGUUUCUGGUGGACAUGUGGAAAUUUGGCAGUGCAACCCCUUGUCCUAAGUCCCCUGGGAGACAGAGGGUUUUAUCUAGGCUCCUCUUAAUGCAGUUAAUGAGAGGUUACAAGACUUCCUAGUCUGCUUUGUGUUUAAUGUUAAUAUUGAACUCAACCAUUUAAUUUCACAAUAAAGGGCAUUUACAACA